UGCUCGAGCCUAACAUGAGCUAACGCUAGCCGAAGAUGGUCCCAGGUGUGGGCGGAGUGUCACGAGCGCGGUUACUCACAUUUCUUCUACUGGCCCUGACGGAAGUGAUAGCACGCGCUCUAGGCAGCCCCGCUCAAAAUUCAAAUGUUGGCUUCAACACCCCAAAUCCGACCCAGCAGGAUGAGGGAUUCACGGUGCCCAAAUUCACCUUCCAGUUUGCCCACUCGGUGUACAACGUGUCGAUCCCGGAGAACAGCGUCGGGAAAACGUAUGCCGUGCAACCACCGAACGAAGACCGAAUGGGCCUUUACGUAACCCCGGAGCUGGACGUCAAGUACAAAAUCGUCAGCGGAGACAAAGACAAGUUCUUCAAGGCGGAGGAACGGCUGGUGGGGGAUUUCGCAUUCCUCGCCAUAAGACUACGCACAAGUAAUGUGGUAUUGAAUCGAGAGAAAGGCGACAGUUAUCGACUGGAAGUGAAGGCCACUGCCACCAAGCGAGAAGGCAAGAGUCGGAUAUCCUUGGAAGCGGAUACCGUCAUCGAUGUCAAGGUGCUAGACACGAAUGAUCUCAGCCCGCUGUUUUACCCUACCGAGUACUCCGUCACCAUCUCGGAGGACACACCCCUGCACAAAAGUAUUCUCCGGGUGAUUGCCGAGGAUGCGGAUUUGGGGCUGAAUGGGGAAAUCUACUACAGUAUCCUGGACGAGACGGAACAGUUUGCGGUUCACCCAACAACCGGUGUCAUCACGUUGACCCGACCGCUGAAAUUCACGGAUCGGUCCCUGCACGAACUGACCGUAACGGCCAACGACCGCGGCAUAGGGUCCACCAGCCGAAGCCAAGCCAGCAAGGCACGGGUGAAAAUUAAAAUUCGACAGGUCAAUCUGUUUGCCCCGGACAUCUAUGUGCAGUCGCUGCCGGACAUUCUGGAGAAUUCCAACACAAACAUAUUUGGAAUCGUUCGGGUUGAGGACAAGGACAAGGGCAUCCACGGUCAGAUCAAAAGUCUGGAUAUCGUGGACGGCGACCCAGAUGGACACUUUCGCAUCAAACCCACUGCACGGCCCGGUGAGUUCGUCAUCGAAGUGCACCGACUGCUGGACCGUGAAUCUGCCCCUGCAGGGUAUAAUUUAACGCUGAAAGCAGUGGAUCGAGGGAUUCCCCCGAAGAAAAGCUACAAAACCAUCCCGGUGCACUUGGCUGACAUCAACGACAACGCUCCGGUUUUCAACCGCGAAAUUUACGAGGUCUCCGUACCGGAGACGUCCCCGCCCAACACUCCCGUGAUAAGACUGAAAGUAACGGACAGAGAUGAGGGCAAAAAUGCUCAAGUCUUCCUGGAAAUUGUGGGAGGCAACGAGGGUGGAGAAUUUCGAGUGAAUCCGGAAACUGGAAUGCUUUACACGGCGGUGCCCUUGGAUGCCGAAAUGAAGGCGUUCUACACUCUGACCGUUUCGGCGAUUGAUCAGGGUAAUACGGGCACGCGGAAGCAGUCCUCAGCCAAAGUUAAAAUAAAUGUUCAGGACACUAAUGACAAUGAUCCUAUAUUCGAAACAAACAAUAUGACAAUAUGGGUAGACGAAAACGAACCGGCUGGAACAACAGUAACGAAAGUGACGGCUCGGGACAAGGACUUGGGCGAGAAUGCAUACAUAUCGUAUAGUAUAGCGAACUUAAACGAUGUCCCGUUCGACAUCGACCACUUCUCCGGUAUAGUGAGAACAUCGAAGCUUUUGGAUUACGAAAGCAUGCGACGAGAGUACGUCUUGCGAGUCCGGGCCUCAGAUUGGGGCCUGCCCUAUCGACGACAAACCGAAAUGCAGCUGAUCAUCAAGUUGCGCGACGUAAACGACAAUCGACCACAGUUCGAGCGUAUCGACUGUGUUGGACGAAUCCCACGAUACACGCCGAUUGGGACGGAGAUCUUCAACCUCUCGGCGAUGGAUUUCGACUACGGAAGCGUUAUGACGUACCGAAUGGUAGGGGGUAAUGAGGAUGGUUGUUUCAAUCUUGACGCGGGGAGUGGCGUCAUAACUAUUGGUUGUGAUUUGAACGAUAUCGGCGUUGAAUUCCGGGAAGUGAACGUAACGGCUACGGAUGGCACACAUUACGCUGAUACCGCGAGAAUACAGAUUAGUUUGGCACGAAAUAAGCGGAACUUGGGUGGGAACUUGAAGGCAGAGGACGGAGCUUCGUUCGAAUGUCGGGAAACUGGUGUCCGACAACGGCUCGUAGAUAUUCAAGCAUCCGCGGAGAGAAACAACAUGCCCGGGAAAGAUGUUAGCAAUGGUGACGACUUCGCUAUGAUGCCAAGUAGAUACGGCGAGAAUGUUCAUGCUCCUGAGUUUGUGGAACUUCCUAUGGAAGUUAAAGUCAACGAGUCAAUUCCGUUGGGUACGACAGUUACGUGGAUCAAGGCCAGAGAUCGCGAUCUUGGGUACAAUGGGAAGCUAGUGUUCGGAAUAUCCGGAGGUGACGACGAUUCUGUUUUCCGAUUAGAUCCCGAUAAUGGUGAACUCAAAAUAAUUGGAUAUCUGGACAGAGAACGUCGCGACGAAUAUUUGCUCAACAUCACGGUCUAUGACUUGGGAAAACCACAAAAAUCCGUGUCAAAGGUGCUCCCUAUAACUGUAUUAGACGAAAAUGAUAACGUACCGAAAUUUGAGAAAUCUUUGGCCAGUUUUCGUGUAACCGAGAAUGCUUUGAACGGAACAAUCAUCUUCCGAGUAAACGCUACCGAUGCUGACUUGGGUAUCAACGCAAAAGUGACCUACAGCAUGAUUACGGACACAAAAGACUUUCGAGUUGACCCGGAAACAGGUGUUCUCUCCGUAAUUGCUCCAUUGGACCGCGAACGUCAAGAAGUUUACGAACUACGAAUUCGAGCAACCGAUGGAGGAGGCAAUCAGGAUACACCCGCCCUCUACUCCGAAGCUCUAGUGCGAGUCACUGUGGAUGACAUCAACGAUAACGCUCCCGAGUUCAGCGUUCAAGACCUUAACGUCCGAAUACGCGAAGAUGUGCCCAAGGGGACAGUCGUCACCGUGGUCUCUGCCAUCGAUUUGGAUAGCGGCCCCAACAGUGAAAUCAUGUACAGCUUCGGUGAAAACGGAGACGGUGAAGGCUCUUUCAGAAUUGACAAGCUCUCCGGCACAAUAAGAACGGCCAAACUUUUAGACUUUGAAGAACGCCAGGUGCAUAGUUUGAUAGUGAAAGCAAUCGACCGGGGUACCCCUUCAUUGUCGUCCGAAACUUCUGUGAUUGUGGAAAUAAUCGAUGUGAACGAAAACCGAUACGCUCCGCAGUUUGAUGACUUUGUUCUCAUUGGUACAAUUACGGAGAACAAACCUCCGGGCGCACAUGUGAUGCAGGUGGUUGCCAAAGAUAACGAUCCACCCGGUCCGGAUUCCAGAGUGAACUAUUCCAUCAAAGGUGGUGAUGGUCUGGGAAUAUUCGCCAUUGAUAACGAAGGUGUCAUCCGGACUUUGGCAUCGCUCGAUCUGGAAUCCAAACCAAACUAUUGGCUAACGGUUUGCGCCCAGGACCAGGCGGUGGUGCCACUGCACUCCUGUGUUCAGGUGUUCAUCCAAGUCCAGAACGAGAACGACAAUGUACCCCUCACCGAGGAGGCUGUCUAUUAUCCUUCCGUACCGGAAAGCAGCCCCAAUGGGGUUAAAGUGCUCCAGCUGAUAGCCGAAGACCGAGACAUCGACCCACUGCAGCAGAUAUCCUAUCGUAUCACCUCCGGGAACCCGGAAGGCUUCUUUGCAAUCAACGGCACUAGCGGUUUAAUUACAACUACAGCACGGAAGCUCGACAGAGAAAACCAAUCCGAGCAUAUCCUCGAGGUUCUGGUGAUGGACAAUGGUGCCCCUCAGCUGUCUUCCACCACCCGAGUCGUUGUACAGGUUGAAGACGUUAACGACCAUUCUCCGGAGUUCGACCAAAAGCUGUACAAAGUGCAAAUCCCUGCCAAUGCCAAGCCAGAUCAAUCACUGUUUCAGAACGAUUACGCAAGUGGAUACGACCACCCGGAAGCGGAACUGGCGGAGGCGGAAGGCGAUUUCGGCCUGAUGCAGUCCGAUCCGGACGCCGGCCUAGACGAGGCUACGUGGGAAAACUAUCCGGAAAAAGAUUUCCGCGGGCUGCAAGUGGUUCUCAGGGUUCUAGCCACCGACCAGGAUAUCGGCGAGAACGGUCGGGUAACGUACUCCAUCAAGUCGGGCCGUGGAAAGGCGAAAAAGUUCCGCAUCGAUCCGGACACGGGCAUCAUCUAUGCGGCGAAAACCUUCGAAGUGGACACCGAGUACGAUCUGAUGGUCAAAGCAGAGGACAACGGUGUUCCGAAAAAGUCUCAACAGGCCCGGGUCAGCAUUGCCGUUGUCGAAGUUCCGGGCAAAUCGGAAAACCCACCGGUGCUCAAAACCAUCGACCAGCACGUGGAAGUGACGGAAAGUGACACUCCGGGCUUCCUGGUGGCACUGAUCCAAGCCAUCGACUACGAUGGCGAGCAACUGUGGUACGACAUUAUCGGUGGAGAUGACCGGAAUGAAUUUUACAUCGGACGAGACAAUGGCAACGUUCUGCUGGCCAAAUAUUUGGACUGGGAAACCCAGAAGGAGUACAAUCUGACGAUAAGCAUCUCCGACGGGGUUCACGUUGUUUACACGCAACUGUACGUUUCGGUAAUUGAUAUAAAUGAUCACCGACCGGAGUUUACGGAAUCGCUGUAUCGGGUGGACAUUUCGGAGAGCAUCGAGGAGGGCACCGAGGUUCUGCAGCUGCACGCAACCGAUGCGGACGAGGAUAAGAAAUUGUUUUACAGCUUACAUGCGGCACGUGAUCCAGUUUCACUUAAGUUGUUCCGUGUCGAUUCGGUUAGUGGGAGUAUUAUUAUGGCACAGAAAUUGGACCGCGAGGCGCUGGCGGAGCACGUGUUGAUUGUUAUUGUAAAAGAUCAGGGAACUCCGGCAAAACGAAAUUAUGCAAAGGUUAUUAUUACCGUGCAUGACCACAACGACCACACUCCGGAGUUUACCAGCAAAAUUGUACAAGGACGCGUUUACGAAACUGCAACCGUCGGCACGAAGGUGGUCCAGGUCUAUGCAAUCGACCGAGAUAUUGGGGACAACGCCAAAAUAACCUAUUCCAUUGUGAGCGGGAACAUCGGAAACGUGUUCAGCAUCGACCCCAAUAUGGGAGUAAUUAGUGUCGUGAAGGAUCUUGACAUCAGUGCCCUUUCGGAGUACAUGCUACAGGUUAAGGCUUCCGAUGGUGGAAAACCGUCCCUUUCCUCACAAAUUCCUGUACAUGUAAUGAUUAACAUGGCAGAUAACGCCCCGCCAAGAUUCAUCUCUGUCGAUCCAGCAGCCGAAAUCUAUGAGAAUCUUCCAAUCGGAACGUUUGUCAUUCACAUCGAAGCUCGAAGCACUUCAUCGUUGCAAUUUGAAAUUAUUGGAGGCAACGUGAACGACAUGUUCUUUGUGAAUCCUUCCACCGGAGUUAUCACCACCAAAGACAUCCUAGAUUACGAAAAUCACAAAUUCUACAAUCUAACACUCCGAGCGACAAACAUGGCUUCCGCGUCCGCUGAGUGCGCAGUGAUUAUCAACGUACUCGACAAAAACGACAACACCCCAUACUUCGAACAGCAAAUCUACACAGGCGAAGUGUCAGAAGCGGCUCCAGUUGGCUCCCUGGUGUUAACAAAGAGCGAGGGUAACUCUUCGAGUCAAUCGGUUGGGUUCGUCAAUGUAUCGCUUCCCUUGGUUAUCAAAGCCAAGGAUGCCGAUUCUGGCCUAAACUCUCUGCUGCACUACGACAUACUGGAGAUGCUGCCGCGGCGAUACUUCCACAUCGAUUCCAGUACCGGUGCCAUCAAGACCAUCAUGCACCUGGACCACGAGAAGAUCCCGUUCUUCAGUUUUCAUGUUAAGGUAACUGAUCUGGGGAAACCCCGGCUCACGUCGGAAACCACCGCCGAGGUACGCAUUACGGUGAACGACGUCAACGACUGUGCUCCGGCGUUCACGCAAAAGGAGUACAAUGUAACGCUCCUGCUGCCAACCUACGAGAACGUAGCCGUCAUCCAGGUGAACGCAACCGAUCAGGACAGCUCGGAGAACUCCACCCUUCGGUACGACAUAAUCGAGGGCAACCGUGACGGAGUAUUCGUGAUCGACGCCACCAGUGGAGUGAUCACCACCAGAGAUGUGGAGAGUAUUGGAUCGUUCUACAAGCUGGGAGUUCGUGUUUCCGAUGGCAAGUUCUCGAAGGUGGCUUACGUCAGCAUCAGUGUAGAGACCUCCGACAACUCGGGGUUGAUUUUCCAAAAGUCGAUCUACGAAGGUUCCAUUCUGGAGAACAGUACAAAGAUUACAACCGUGACUGUGGUGAAUGUUAUUGGCUCGAACCUCAACGAACACAUUGAGUUCAGUAUCUUGAAUCCAACUGAUAUGUUCAAAAUCGGUCUCACAUCCGGGGCCAUACAGACGACUGGGAAGAAGUUCGAUCGAGAAGUACGCGACAACUACGAGUUGAUUGUGGAGGCACGUUCUCAGCUGCCGGAUAGAGAGAAACCGCGUGUGGCACACGUAGUUGUAAAUGUAACAAUUCUCGAUAUAAAUGAUAACUGCCCAAUGUUUGUAAACUUGCCCUACUACGCCGUUGUAUCAGUAGAUGAUCCACGUGGAUCAGUUAUUACGAAAGUUCACGCCCUCGACUUGGACAGCUUCGAGAAUGGUGAAGUGCGGUAUGAGAUGAAGCGGGGUCACGGAGAGUUGUUCAAAGUGGAUCGCAAAACUGGCGAGGUGACGUUGAAGCAAACCCUCGAGGGACACAAUCGGGACUACGAGCUGCUAAUAUCCGCUUACGAUGGCGGAAUUACUCCGUGCUCCACGGAUGUCACCGUGCACGUGAAGGUGAUUGACAAAUCGAUGCCGGUGUUCAGCAAGCAGUUUUACUCAGACACGGUGCCGGAGAACAUCGAACUACACUCGCCGCUCUCGGUUGCGAUCCAGGCGGAAAGUCCACUGGGCCGGAAACUCAUCUACAGUAUCGUGAAGGGUAACGAAAUGGAGGAGUUUGCCGUUGAUUUCAACACAGCGCCAGACAGUACAAACGGUCCAUGUGCAAUCUACGUGGUGGACGAGCUGGACUACGAGCAGCGGCAAAGUUAUGAACUUUUAAUUAGAGCAACGGACAGCGUUUCCGGUGUGUCGGCGGAAGUCCCGGUGUCGGUGCUGGUGCAGGACGUCAACGACUGUCCGCCGGAGAUCGAGCAGGACAGCUACAACAUUACGGUUUCCGAGAGGGCUCAGUUUGGGACGGCGAUUCUGAAGGUGCAGGCCAAGGAUAAUGAUACCGGAAUAAACCAAGUCGUCACGUACGCUCUGCAAACAGACAGUAAGAACACUUCCGAAUAUUUCCACAUGGAUCCAACGGACGGCGUGAUCUAUCUGAAGAAAUCUCUGGAUCACGAAACCCUAAGCCACCAUCAUUUCACGGUGAUAGCCAGCGACAAAGGCGUUCCAAGUCUCAGUUCUACGGCUCACGUGUGGGUCUCCGUCAUGGACAUGAACGACAACCCUCCCAAAUUCGAACAACCAUCGUACACCUGUGUCCUUUCCGAACAUGCCACUCGUGGUCAAUUCGUAACAGUGGUAUCAGCCUCCGAUCCGGAUUACAUCGAUCAUGAUCGUCUCACCUACACCAUAGCCCAGGGAAACGAACUGCAAACUUACGACAUCAACCCGGUCAGUGGUAUAAUCACCCUGGUGAAUAUGCAAAAUUUUGCCGAAAAACAUGUCACCAUCCUGAAUGUCUCCGUCACGGAUGGAGUUUAUACCAGUUUCACACGCGUUAAGAUAACCAUCCUCCCGGCGAAUCUCCAUAACCCCACCUUCGAGCACUUGUUCUACGAUGUCAAGGUGAACGAGAAUCAACUGGCUGGUCGACUAGUAACAACGGUCAAAGCACAGGACAAGGACUUUGGAGAGUUUGGUCGGCUGACGUACUUCAUCAUUUCGGAUGAAAUCCAGGAGUACUUCUCAAUCGAUAAGGACAAAGGGGAGAUCGUAACCAAAAAGAAGCUCGAUCGAGAGGAAAGAAAACUCUACGAAGUACCAAUCAUGGCCAUGGAUAGUGGAGGUCGUGCUGGGUUCACUACCGUGAGGGUGAACGUUGGCGAUGAGAACGACAAUCCACCAGUGUUCCUUCUCCGAGAGUACAAGGCGUUGAUUCAGGGCAACUUGACCACCAACACGACAUUCUUCCGGGUGAAGGCAGUGGAUUCCGAUGACAAUCAAAACGCUGUGGUCAAAUAUUCAAUUUUCGAUUCGCAAAACAGUGGUAUCAAAGAACUGUUUGGAAUCGAUGAGAACACUGGAGGUAUUUACCUUCGGAAAAGUGCUGUACGAUGGGAAAAUCAGCUCUUCCAAUUCUUCAUUCGUGCCAACGAUGGUGGAGUUCCAUCGCUUUACACCGACGUCCCAAUUGACAUCUACAUCAUGAGUUCAGCGGAGAAUCCUCCAGUGUUUGAGAAGAAGGAGAAGCUACUCUUCCUAUCUGAAAGCUCUCUUCCUGGAACGGUCAUCACAAGACUGAAACUGUCUGGAAACGUAACUGCCAAGUACCGUAUCCUAUCGGAUGAGCUCGAAGAGCCUCAGUUCUCGAUAAACAACGUUGGUGAACUCAGGCUGGCGAAAACGUUGGACAGAGAGUUGAAAGAUGUACAUCUUAUUGCGAUCCUUGCGGAGACUGAUUCAAGUCCUCCUCUAACUGCCGUUACGGAUGUCACUCUACACGUGCAAGACGAAAACGACAACACUCCCAUGUUUGAAAGUAAUCCGUACUCAUUUUCUUUGGCAGAAAAUAUUGAAAAGGGAAGCUCCAUUAUGAAACUUACCGCACGCGACUCGGACAGUGGCUCCAAUGGAGAUAUUCGCUAUUCACUUUCUACCGAAGUAGGAGACAUUGUCAAUAUCUUUGAUAUUGAUGCCUACACCGGGUGGAUAACCACUCUCGUUCCAUUGGACAAAGAAAAACGCGAGGACUACAAAUUUCAAGUUAUCGCUACUGACAACGGCCAACCGAAACAUUCUACACGCACAACUGUUAUCAUCCGACUGAAAGACUACAAUGACUGUCCUCCAACCUUCAAGGAAUCGCACUAUAAGGCUAGUGUUAGUGAGGAUGCUCUUCCUGGAACUGUGGUCCUUCAAAUCGAAACUACCGACAAGGAUGUAGAUCUGAAAACUAACAUUGAAUACUACAUCAUAUCGGGAGAUCCCCUAUCUCAGUUCCAAAUCAAAAACAGCGGCGAAGUAUUUGUAGUGAAGACACUGGAUCGUGAAAGCAUCUCUCAAUACGAACUAGGCGUUAUUGUCACUGAUGGGAAGUUCACAUCGACAGCGAAUAUCUCGGUCACAGUGUUAGAUGCCAACGACAAUCCUCCUUACUGCUUGAAGUAUCGAUAUCGAGAGCAGCUAAGCGAAGGAGUUCAUCCGGGAACGUAUGUGUUGCAAAUUCAGGCCAAUGACAUCGACGAACCAGCCAACAGCAGACUACGAUUCUACCUCACUGGUAAUGGUGCUGAAGACUUCAACCUAGAUAAAGACUCUGGUCAACUGAAAACAGCCAGGCAGCUGGAUCGUGAAACGCAAUCCAAGUUCCACCUCGUUGCUCAUGUCCAAGAUCGCGAUCACCCUGGUUGGGAAUGCUCGUCGCAGAUAGAAAUUACCAUCACCGACUUGAACGAUAAUCUGCCAGAUUUUUCGAUGAACCCGUACAGCGUCACUCUUCCCGAAGAUGCUGAAGUUGGAACAUUGGUCACUAAAAUCCACGCAACGGACGCUGACAUAGGCAUCAACCGUAAGAUCAAGUACUCGUUCAUCGAUUCCUAUCGCGAUCAUUUCAAAAUAGCUCCAGACAGUGGAAUCGUGACCUUAGCUAAACCACUGGAUCGCGAAGUUAAAGCAGUCUACAACUUGACUGUUCGAGCCACUGAUCAAGGCAAACCAUCACUGUCUAAUUCGGCGUUCCUCGUUGUGAAUGUUCAGGACAUCAAUGACAAUCCUCCGGAGUUCACUUCCAAACAUUACUUCGCUUCCGUACUCGAAAACAGCUCAAUCGGAACUGAGGUUUUGAGAGUAUUGGCGACUUCCAAAGAUACAGGCAUUAACGCUGAAAUUACAUAUUCCAUCAUUGGAGGUAAUGAACACCGCAAGUUUGCAAUGCACAAUAAAACUGGAGUGUUAUACUUGGCUGAUGUGGUUGAUUACGAGCGAGCUAAAGAUUACUUCCUGACGAUACAAGCGGUCGAUGGCGGCACUCCACCCCUCAGUAACUUGGCCACCGUUAACAUUUCAGUUGCGGAUUGCAAUGAUAAUCCGCCCCAGUUCACGGCUAACUCAUACACAGCAACGAUAAGGGAAGAUGCUCAGAAAGGAGACAAGAUGCUACAAAUACGAGCGAACGAUAUGGACUCGGGCGAGAACAGUCGAGUUAGCUACAGAAUAGAGCGUGGAGAUCGAAUGGGUCAAUUCGACAUAGAAGAAGAUACCGGUUACAUCUCCGUUGCUGGAACUCUCGAUCGAGAAUCCAUAUCUAGCUAUGUCCUGGAGGUGCAAGCUAGAGAUCAUGGAAGCCCAUCGUUAUCCACUUAUGUUUUGGUGAACAUUGAAAUUUCCGACGCGAACGACAAUCCUCCUCUGUUUACCAGUAAUAACUACACAGCUGUGGUGCAAGAAGACAAGCAAAUCGGUUUUACUCUGCUCAAAUUUGAAGUCACCGACGCCGACGCAGCUCCCAAUGCCGCUCCGUAUACAUUUGAUGUUCGCUCGGGUAACGAUGGAGGCGCUUUUCGCAUUGAACAAGACGGAAUACUUCGAACGGCAUCGCGAUUCAAUAGCAAAAUCAAGGAUACAUAUCUGCUUGGAAUUCGAGUAUUUGACAAUGGGUCGCCUCCGCUGUAUUCAGACACAUGGGUUUCGAUUAAGGUCAUAGAAGAAUCUCAAUACCCGCCGGUUAUCACGCCACUAGACGUUUCGAUCAACUCAUUCCAAGACGAGUAUCCAGGAGGAGUCAUUGGCAAGGUUUACGCCACUGAUCAAGAUCAGUACGAUACGUUGACAUUCUCACUAGCGCCAACCGCUGGAGUGUUGUACUCUCCAAUGAAUCUGUUCAAUAUAUCCCGUAACGAUGGCGUGUUGUACGCAUUCCCACGUUUAGACGUCGGAGACUAUCGAGUUAACAUUACCGUUUCCGAUGGCAAGUUUUCUUCCUACACUAUAGUAAAGGUCGCAGUGGAGCUUGUCACAGAUGAGAUGCUUGCCAACUCCAUCGUAAUUCGUUUCACAAAGAUUAGCCCCGAGUCGUUUAUUCUGAGUCAUCGAAAGGGCUUCAUUCGCUCUGUACGCAAUUCAAUGGGUUGCAAAAUCAAGGACAUUAUAAUUAUCUCCGUUCAGAAAUCGAACGAUGAUAUCAACCUAAUUCACCAUCGGCUGCGAAGAGAAUUAGGUCUGCAGAAUGUCACUGAACACGAGGAGAGAACUCGCUUUACACGAGGAACACUUCACGAUCUCGAUGUAUUGUUCACUGUGCGUAAAGGUCAACUCGGAUACUACUCAGCGUACGAAAUACGUAAGGCUAUCGAUGACAAUCUGGAAGAGAUUGAGGACGCCACCAAACUGCAAAUAGACGAAGUUGUCAAAUCAAAAUGUCUUCCAAACUUCUGUAUUCACGGCGAAUGCGAAGACAAGUUGGUGUUGGAUCCGAAGAUUGUCAACCCGAUAUCGACGGAUGUAACGAGCUUCGUCUCUGCGCGGCACGUCCACAAAAUGGAAUGCAGCUGUAAGGAAGGCUACGGAGGUGACAAAUGUCAACACGCAGUCAACGAGUGCUCCAAAUCGCCCUGUCCCAACUACAAGAACUGUAUUCCGGAUUCUUCCGAUCAAGGAUACCACUGUAUUUGUCCGGAGAGGUUUGCUGGCCCGAAAUGCGAUCGAGACAUCAGCAAGUGCAACGAUGAAACUUGUUACACGCCAAGAAAUCCGGUUUCAUUCAGUGGAAAAAGCUACGCGCAGUAUAGGGUGGAGAAGGAAAUCGCAAAGAAAAAUUUGGAAGAUCAGUUGAUGUUGAGUCUACGGAUUAGAACGGUACAGCCGACAGGGAACAUCAUGUUCUCGGCAGGAAAAGUGGAUUACAAUAUACUGGAAAUUGUGAAUGGAGUGGUCCAGUAUCGCUUUGAUUUGGGAUCCGGCGAGGGCAUGGUCAGCGUCACCAGCAUUUUCGUUUCGGAUGGUUUGUGGCAUGAGGUUCGACUGGAACGUGAAAGUAACAGUGCGCGAGUCAUCGUAGAUAACAAGCAUGUUGCAAGUGGUAACGCUCCGGGUGUGAAUGGUGUGCUGAAUCUUCAGUCAGAUGAUAUAUUCUUUGGAGCUGAGGUGAAGCAGCACCCGACGGUAUUAGGAUUCGAGGAUAUUCAGCGAGGUUACAUGGGAUGUAUGGAUGACAUCAAAUUAUCGAAGGUACCUGUUCCGUUGCAUAUGAAUGGAGCUAGUUCGGUAGCCAGUCUACGUCGAUUCGCCAACGUUGAAUUCAGCUGUGAUGCAUCGUCCAUUCUGGUGCCUUUGGGAGUUUGUGGAACACAGCCCUGUUGGAAUGGAGGCACUUGCACGGAUAUAGGAGCUGGUAACUUUGAAUGUUUGUGUCAUUCAAGAUUUUCUGGGCCUUUCUGUAAAGAAGAUCUUGAUCCUUGUGCCUCGUCGCCUUGUUUGUACGGGGGUAAAUGUUUUAAGGCCGGAGCUGGUAACUACACAUGUGACUGUCCAGCAAGAAUGUCUGGUAAGCGAUGUGAUUAUGGACGGUUCUGUACACCGAAUCCGUGUCGGAAUGGUGGAGUUUGUGAAGAAGGAGACGAUGGUCCAUUGUGCAUGUGUAGAGGUUAUACCGGAUUGACGUGUGAAAUCGACAUAGAUGAGUGUGAAAAGCAACCUUGCGGAAAUGGAGCCACUUGUAUCAAUGAAGCUGGAAGCUUCCGGUGUGUUUGUCCUCCAGAGACAACCGGUACGAGUUGCGGAGAUCCGAUGAACUCAUUCCCUCUGCGAAUUCCAUUCAAUAAAGUAACACAGGAACAGUGGAUCAUUGUGGGGUGCAGUAUAGCCGUGAUUGCAAUCUUGGUCAUAGUUAUAUGGGGAGUCGUGUGUGCAUGCCGAAAGAAGAGACGAAGACAUCGUCAUGAAAAGAUCAACAAUGACCCCAAAGCAAUGGUGCUCAAUCCCGUCUCAGAUUCUCAAUACAAACGAUCAUCAAAAAUGAGUAAUCUGGAAAUCAUGCAAAGAGAAGUGCAACGACCGGUAUCGUAUACUCCGAGUAGUAAUAACGACCAUGCGUACACAUGCAAUGCAAUGCUGCAAUACAACAAUCUAGACACUCUUAGGAGCUACGGUUCGGCUGGAGAUGAACUAGAAAAUGUUCCUCCCGAAUAUCGAAAGGCGUCGUGUCGUCCAAACCAACAGAUGGUGAACAUCAACAGCGGGCAUCCCUCGAGCGAUACGGAUUCUCUGCAUAAGCAAAAGUGGGCCGAUCAGAUCCACAUGCAAACCUUCACGGACAGCAAAAUCAACAACGAUCUGAAGCGACUAAGCCCGAUUUCAUCUUUGGAUUCCCACCGAUCCCUUUCGCUGAAACAACAGACGGGCAUUCUACCAGGUCGACUGCUCAACAUGCCACACUCGCCGACUCAUUUGCAGCCACCGCACAGUUUCGAGGAAUCACCCGGGCUAUCGCAGGGUGCCUAUCACUGGGACUGUUCCGAUUGGGUUGGUCGGGGUCAUCACCCAUUGCCAAACAUCACCGAGGUGCCCGGCAGUGAGGUACCCGACUCGUCCAGCUUCCACAGCAACGAGAGUAAUGAGUCGCACCCGAAAAACAACCUGCUACCUCCGAUCCUUGGACCAGUUGACCCGGCCCGGGACAUCGAAACCUUGAACGAGGACAACGAGUCCGAGUUUGUGGACGAUUCCGAGUGUGACCAGAGCGAGCAGCCGCUAUCGUUGGGCUUCGAGCAAAACACUUCCAUUCCAUGUCUGAAUCCUCUCGAUAGCGGCAGUGAGGACUACAGAUUCAAUACAGUGCCUUUAAAAGUUAAUACACCUGAUAGUUAUCUACGACACCCGAACAGCUACUUACCCAAGUACAACAUCCAGAGUGAAACGGAAGGUGAGAGCGCACCACUGACAGGUGUGGGUAGCCGCAAACCAUUGAACGGACUGGAGAUCGGUCCUCAUCAGCUGGUAGAGUCUGACGACGAGGAUAUUCAAGCGUACGGUUUCCCGCAGAAACGACGUAACCGUCGAGAGCCAAGCGACCUAGAUCUAGUACUACAUAGUGGAGGAGAAGGAAGCUCCCUACUUAGCCAUCCCCGAAAUCUGAAUAGUUCCAAUCAUUCGAAUAGCGACCUAUCAACGCACUUGUGUGAAAUUGACGAUUCUGAGUACGAGCAGGAGCAGCUGCAGCUACCGAUGCAUCAACCGAUGCAGCAACAUCAAUCCACUUCAUCUCUCUCAUCCGGUGGUCCAUCCCGGCCCAAGCAGAAUAAGGUCAAGUGGGCCAACAUCGUGCAGCAAACGGAGGUCUGACAGCAGCUCGUCGGCAGCGACCAUUCAAUAGUGCUAAACGCCAAGACUAACUCUAGCAUUAGUACACUUUUGAUACUGUUUUCUAGGUUAACUUAUUUUAUUUAUUUUAACGCGAAACUCUCGUAAUAGCUACUAUGUGUCGUGAAAAAAUCAUACUACAUUUCUGUUAAAGUGAUAGGUUCAGUUUUACAACACGAAGCAAGUUGUGCAGACAAAAAUCAAAAUUUUUAUUAGCGAUCUCUCUAUUUUUUCACAAAACAAACACUUUGCAAACGGAAAUAUUUGUUGAUUCCUAGCAAAAUCAUCAACAAGUGAAGGUUGACGGAGAUAUAAUUACGUAAGUAGGAUAAAGAAUUUACACAACCCAACUUUGUAUAAAGACACGAUCAGAUAGUUCACUAGGAAACCAACUUAAAACGAUCUUAGGUCGAAUCACGUAAAUCAUCAUACCCGCGACAGCAAAAAAAAGAACAACUUUGAGAUUAAGAACACGAAACAGACACUCACACAUUUUCAAUAGAUACACAUGGUUUAUUGGAAACUACAGCAAACCGCGGAAUAGGAAAGUGUAAGAUAGUAUUUGUUUAGGAAAAAAUGUUGACUUGGAACGCAGCUAGCGAAAAAAAAACUCGUAAACUUCACGUAGCAUUGUAAAACAAUAAAUAUUGGCAGACAGAAGAACACUAGGUCUAAUAUUUUCUUUGAAAAUUUGAAAAGUCUAUAUAUAUGGAAUAAGGUUUUUUAUUGAACAGGUUCACUGUUCGACAGAGAAUACAAUCAAUGACUGAUACAAACAAACAAAACAAUGUGAGAUGAGAAAAACAACUAUUUUAUAUUUCACAGACUUCAAAAUAUCAAACGGUUCGAAGGAAGAUUUCAUUUUUGUUAAGGAAUCGUGUUUUCCAUUACUGCACACUGAUACCCAAAUGUCACAAAAAAAACUAGGAGGUGUAAGUUGGGUAUAUUUUAUGGAAGAAACCAUCAACCAGUAUUCAAUGUCUUACAUUUUUCUAAAUGUAUGUUAUCUUUUUAAUCAAUUUCAUAACUUUUCAGAAAAUUUUCUAUCAAGCAUAACCCAUUUCCACGUUUUUAAUAUUGUUUGUUCUACCGUUCUCAUCCAAAUUUGUUGCACCCUAACUUUUAUUCUAUACUACCUGUUGAAUUGUGCUCAUAGGAAGCUCUGGUAAAUACAAGGUGCUCUUCUUACGCUACACUACGAAUCCACAUCAAAAGCUAAUACCUUCUAAUUGCUUCUUUUGAUAUGCCUAAAUUGUGCAUCCAUACUUUGUCGUGAUAGUCUUAAGUUCUAGAUCGAACGUUAGUUAUAUUUGCCAUUAGACUUCGCCCUUCCUAUUUGGUAGCUACUUUUUUCUGUAUACUCGUUUAGGUUAACUUAACAAAGCACUUAGGUUUAGUUCAUAACCGUUCGAUUAAUUUAAUAGUUUUCAUUUUGUAAUCAAACGACUCGAAUGAGAGAGAGAGAAAGCAAAAGAAACAUCAUUUAGGGACACAAAAUAUCAAAAUCGUAAAAUAGUAAGGACGAUUUACAAACCACUUGUGAGACAUCGUUAAGUUCGCAAUCUUGCGUAGAUAGUAGAACAAACCGAUAAGAUCCACAUCAAACAUUGAAAAUCGACGUUUGAAAAAAAAAGCAACGUAACAUGCAAACGAUGACAGAAACUUAAAGCAAAGGAAACACAAACGUUCGUUGAAGAUUGAAUGCAUUUAUUCUGAACAUCGUAGAGGAUAGACAAUUUUUAUGUAUUUGUUUAAACAGAAGAAAGUGGAAAUCCGAAACAUUAUUUAACAUUGGGGAAAAUAAAGAAUCUGAAAAAUGAACUUUUUAAUAAAA